AAUUAAUUUGAUGUGUUGUGCUUUAGGAUUUUGGUUCACCUGAGUCGUGGAGGGGCUGAGUUCCAGGUUUAUGCUCCUGAUAUCCCGCAGAUGCACGUUGUGGAUCAUGUGAAGGGAGAGCCUGCUGGUGAUAGCCGGAAUGUUCUGGUGGAAUCAGCCCGGAUUGCUCGUGGUAAGAUCCUGGAUCUUGCGCAACUGAAUGCCCAGGACCAUGAUGCUGUUAUCCUCCCUGGAGGGUUUGGUGCAGCCAAGAAUCUCUCCACCUUUGCCAAGGAUGGGAAGGACUGUAAAGUCAUUCCUGAUAUUGAACGUGUCCUUAAUGAGUUCCACAAGGCACGGAAGCCGAUUGGGUUGUGUUGCAUCGCUCCUGUGCUGGCUGCUAAAGUCCUUCCCGGAGUAGAGGUCACUGUUGGUCAUGAAGAUGAGGAAGGUGGGAAAUGGCCAUAUGCUGGAACAGCAGCUGCUAUCAAUGCAAUGGGAGGCAAGCACACAGUUCAUGAUGUCAGCUCUGCCCACGUGGAUCUUCAGAAUCAGGUUGUCACCACUCCGGCCUUUAUGUGUGAAACUAAACUACAUCACAUCUUCGACGGGAUAGGUGAGAUGGUGCAACAAGUCCUGAAGCUCACAGGGAAAUGAGGCCAUCGUUCACAAUCAGUGUGUGUCGGUGUGUAAGGGUUAGAGUGGUGAGGGCGUGCAAGGGGUUGUAUGUGUGUCUGGGAAUGGACAGUGUGUGUCUGGCUAGGGAAGAGUGUGGCAAAGUCUCUGCGUCUGACUGGUGUUUGUGUGAUCAUUCAUAUCUGAUGGAAUUUCCAUGUGAAAACAUUAGGGACACUUUUACAAGUUGAUCUGUCAUCGAAAGCACAUGAUUGGACAGCUUGUAAAUCACUCAUACGCAUGUGUGUGAUAGGUCAGUGUUACUGCAUGAAUGUUGCUAUGCUGAUUACCUAGCAAUAGAUCACUGAGUCGCUUCAGUUUGUGGAAACCAUCAGUCGAGGUUGAGUUUCAGAGUUUGUGAUUCCAGUUUUAUUAAAUCUGAUCAUGUAAAUCUGAA